AUGAUCUCGUUCAGAAUUUUGCUCAUUUGGCAAUCGAAGUUUGUGCAAGUUCAAAUUCUUGGUGAAGAUACUAAGUUCGUGCACUGUAAAAUCAGAGUUUCUGGGCAUCACACAGAGUUCUUUUUAACUGUUGUGUAUGGUUCAAAUUCCAUGUUAGACAGGAAAAUUUUAUGGGAUAAACUUGCUGGGUUAGGCCAUUUGAAUCUUCCUUGGAUUGUUCUAGGAGAUUUCAAUGCUAUGUUCAGCUAUCAAGACAGGAAUGGUGGUAGACCCAUAACUGCUAAGGAGAUUUCUGAUGCUCAAAAUUGGCUGUCUUUAGGCCAAGUAGAUGAACUUCGUUGUGCUGGCUCCUCUUACACUUGGUCUAAUAAACACGAAUUUGGGGACAGAAUAUACUCUAAGUUGGAUAGGGUUUUCACUAAUGAGAAAUGGUUGGAUCUCUUCCCUAACACAGAAGGAAUUUGCAAAUGGGACAGUAACUCAGAUCAUAGUUACUGUGUUAUCAAAAAUCAUGUUAUAGGAAAAGUUGGUAUCAAGCCUUUUAGGUUCUUCGACUGUUGGAUGUUCCAUAGUAUGUUUAAAACAGUGGUUCUUGACAGUUGGAACAAAGCUAACUCUAAAGCUGGCCUUGUUGGAACUUCAUGGGGGAAGAAGAGUUCGGCUAAUAGGCAGAUUGAUAUCAAUAGCCUGAGUUUUGGUGAAAAACUUACUGUUCAGCAGCAAGUCAAAUUGAUCAGGCCUUUCAAUAAGAAAGAUGUUCAAGAGGCAUUAUUUGGCAUUCACUCAAUCAAGAGCCCCGGUCCGGAUGGGUUUGGUGCUGGGUUUUUCAAAGGCCUGUGGAAAGAGAUAGGUAAUGACAUCAGUAUGGCAGUGUUACAAUUUUUUCAUGAUGGAGUUCUUCCCAAUGAUCUUAAUGAGACUGUCAUCUCCCUUAUUCCGAAGACUGAUUCUCCUAAAACAGCUGCAGAUUAUAGACCUAUUGCUUGUUGCAAUACGCUCUAUAAAUGCAUUUCUAAGAUGCUUUGUUCUCGUUUGUCUGAAGUUCUUCUUAUUUUGAUUCAUGGUAAUCAAGGGGCUUUCAUCAAGAACCGUCUCCUGGCUCAUAAUAUUCUUAUCUUUCAAGACUUGCUCAAGGGAUAUACGAGGAAGAAUAUUUUAGCUAGAUAUAUCAUGAAGAUUGAUCUUAGUAAAGCGUACGAUACAGUAGAUUGGCAGUUUGUGGCUGACUUGCUCAAGGGUCUUUGUUUCCCUUCUAGGUUCAUUCAUUGGGUGCUGGUUUGCUUAAAGGGAACUUCUUAUUCGUUGAUGCUCAAUGGUCGGCUUCAUGGCACCUUUAGAGGGGAAAAGGGUCUGAGAAAAGGAGAUCCUAUAUCUCCUCUUUUGUUUGUUUUGAUUAUGGAGUACCUAACUCGGCUCUUACUUCAGACUUCUAAACAAAAAGGUUUUGGUUUCCAUCCCUUAUGCAAGCAUGUCAAUCUUGUCAAUCUCUGUUUUGCAGAUGAUCUAGUUAUCUUUUGCAAGGGAAAUGUGAACUCAAUGAGACUUACUCAGUCUGCUAUUGAAAGUUUUUGUGCAACCACAGGUCUCUCAAUCAAUAACACAAAGUCCCACAUCUACUUUGGAGGCAUAAAAGACGACUGUAAAUCUCAAUUAUUGGAGAUCACUCAAAUGGAAGAAGGCUCUUUUCCGCUUAAGUAUCUUGGAAUACAUCUAAUACCAACUAAAUGGAGAGCAGCUGAUUGUGGGGAAAUUAUCGGAAAAAUCCAACGGAACCUUCAUUCUUGGGCUAGUAGGAACCUUUCCUUUGCGGGCCGAGCUCAACUUAUACAUUCAGUCCUUCUUGGAAUUAGGAAUUUUUGGAUGAAUAUCUUUAUUCUUCCUCAGAAAGUUGUUGCUUUCAUAGAUAAAUGUUGCAGAGAUUUCCUGUGGCGGACUAAAGGGAAUCGUAGCAAACUUCACCUAACGUCUUGGGAGCAAGUCUGUCUUCCCAAAAAGUUUGGAGGAGUUGGCUUCUUUGAGGGCAGGAAAUGGAAUAUUGCUAUGAUGGCCAAGUACAUUUGGGCUAUUUCGAGUAAGAAAGAUUGUUUAUGGGUCAAAUGGAUAGAUUCUAUCUAUCUUAAAGGCCAUAGCUUCUGGUCUGUUCCUUUAAUAAAUGAUACUAGCUGGUACUUUCGGAAAUUACUGAAGCUGAGGAAUGCUUUUGAUUGUUUUGCUGUUAACUCUUCGGUUUUAAGAGGUAAGUUUAAAGCUAAAAACUUUUAUCUUUCUCUUACAGCAGCUACAGAGGUUCAGUAUGCCUCUGCUGUUUGGCAUCGUCUAUGUGUCCCGAAACAUAGAUUUAUUUCUUGGCAAGUGAUAAAUGAUCAUCUUCUUACUCGAGAUAAUCUUGGGAAAAUCAUGGAGCUUACAACUUAUCUUUGCCUGGUUUGUGAGUGUAUCAAUGAGUCCCACCAACACCUCUUUUUUUACUGCUCUUUCACUAAGAAACUUCAGCAAGAAGUUAGUUCUUGGUCCGGAUUCCAGGGCUGGCCUCUUACCAUGGAAGCCUGGAAGAUUUGGAGCUCUAGUGUCGGUUCUGAUCUGCAGCAUCUAGUUUGGAAUGCAAUUCUUUCAGCAGUUGUAUACUCAGUUUUGUGUAAUAGAAAUAGGUGUGUGUUUGAUUUGUGUUGUAGCUCAGUGUUGGUAGUUAUCUCUUCUAUUAAAGCAGCUAUCAAAGCUAGAGUUAAGGCUAUUACUUGUACCAAGGCUAACAAAAAAGACAGAGAUAUUAUUGGCCUUAUAAAUUCCCUGUAA